AUGAGUCCACUGAAAUAUAAUUUCACCAAAUAUGGUGCCCUGGUACUGUAGCAUAUUCUGGCAACAAAGAAAGAGCCUUUCAUCUCUCAUCAUGUCACACUCAGAAAUGCAAAAGGCCUUUGUGUUCAAUACAAAGGAUAUUAUUAAUACUGUGGUUAUUACUGAAUCCCCGUAUUCCUCUCUCUGCAGACCUGUGCCACCAUGUCAUUCAUCGCAGCCUUCUUGCAGCAGACCGUCUAUCUGGGCCUGCCCGAUGACUCGGUAGGGUUCUGUUCCACUUUCUAGAGGGAACGCCUCAAAUCUGCUCUUUUUCCCCCCCUCUUGUGGUAUGCAUGUGUGGAAAAACUUACCAGGCCGUGUUUGUACAUUUGGGGGGGACAGAGAAUAGUGAGAGCAAAAGUGAUGAUGUUGAGGAUAAAGAAAGAGAGGGUCAGAGUCUGAGAGAUACAAAGUCAUGGGAGGAGAGAGGGAUGAGCAUACUUAACUUGUGACUCAUAGAAGGAAUUUAGGAGUAGGAGCCCUUCCCUUCAGAAACAGUUGAAACCGGGGGGGAAAAACUGCACAAUUCCUGCUCUUUCCCCUUGUUAACAUAUUCCUUGUAUGGGCUGUUCCUUCCUUUGCUUCUAUACUAUUGUUCUGGAUUUUGUGAAGGUAUUCAUUAAUUCACUGCAUGGCAGCUAAGUGUUCUCUCUCUCUCGCUCCCAGACCUUACCCAAUCAGGGCACUGUGACUCCUUACCCGCAUUUCAGUGUCGAUGGAGAUGUAGGCAUCUUGGAUAAGGCCAUCAAGGCCAAAGGUGAGAUUGACAUAUAUAUACACACACUCACACUCAUGCACUCAACAAAGUAUAUGUGUGUGUGUGUUACAUAGCUAGGGGUGAAAGUAGCAAAGUAUGUGAUAGUCAUAAACAAAUAUUCUCUGUCUGUAUCAAGAACAAAGUCCUGCUGAGCAUUAAGAAGAUAGACACGGGGUCAUUUCAAACUGUAUAUCUAAUAUUGUCAAUGCAGCAGUAUGUAUAGAUUGCCAAAAUCUGGUAAUCUCUCUACAGUGCCCUGAUUGCAUUCAGAAAGUAUUCAGACACAGUGCCCUGAUUGCAUUCGGAAAGUAUUCAGACCCUUUUACUUUUUCCACAUUUCGUUACAGCUUUUUUCCUGAUCACUCUACACACAAUACCCUAUAAUGACAAAGCGAAAACUGGUUUUUAGAAAUUUUUGAAAAUAAAAAAAAUAAUAGAUACCUUAUUUACAAAAGUAUUCAGACCCUUUGCUAUGAGACUCGAAAUUGAGCUCAGGUGCGUCAUGUUUGCGUUGAUCAUCCUUGAUGUUUCCACAACUUGAUUGGAGUCCACAUGAAGUAAAUUCGAGGCACAGAUCUGGGGAAGGGUACCGAAAAAUUUCUGCAGCAUUUGGGGUCCCCAAGAACAGUGGCCACUCCACAGUGAAAGGUACAUGACAGCCCGCUUGGAGUUUGCCAACAGGCACCUAAAGACUCUCAGACCAUGAGAAACAAGAUCUCUGGUCUGAUGAAACCUGAAUGCCAAGCAUCACGUCUGGAGGAAACCUGGCACCAUCCCUACAGUGAAGCAUGGUGGUGGCAGCAUCAUGCUCUGGGGAUAUUUUUCAGCAGCAGGGACUGGGAGACUAGUCAGGAUCGAGGGAAAGAUGAACGGAGCAAAGUAGAGAGAUCCUUGAUGAAAACCUGCUCCAUAGCGCUCAGGACCUCAGAAUGGGGUGAAGGUUCACCUUCGAACAGGGCAAUCACCCUAAGCACACAGCCAAGACAAUGCUGAAGUGGCUUCGGGACAAGUCUCUGAAUGUCCUUGAGUGGCCCAGCCAGAGCCCGGACUUGAAUCCGAUCUAACAUCUCUGGAGAGACCUGAAAAUAGCUGUGCAGUGACGUCCUCAUCCAACCUGACAGUUUCAGAGGAUCUGCAGAGAAGAAUGGGAGAAACUCCCCAAAUACAGGUGUGCCAAGCUUGUAGCGUCAUACCCAAGAAGACACGAGGCUGUAAUCGCUGCCAAAGGUGCUUCAACAAAGUAAUGAGUAAAAGGUCUGAAUACUUAUGUAAAUGUUAUAUUUCAGUAGUUAAAAAAUAAAAAUAAAUUUACAAAUAAGUCUAAACCUGUUUUUGCUUUGUCUUUAUGGGAUAUUGUGUGUAGAUUGAGGGGGAAAAAACAACAAUUUAAUCCAUUUUAGAAUAAGACUGUAACGUAACAAAAUGUGGAAAAAGUCAAGGGGUCUGAAUACUUUUUACAAUCAGGAGAAAUGUCUGUAUUCAUUCCAUGGAGUCUCACUGGGGUGUACAAAAAUGUGUAAUUAGAUUCUUAUUUUUUAUAUUUAUAUUAGUAGAGGAGCAGUAUACCCUGUUGCAAACAUCCACCCAUAACUCAUCACUGAUAGUCAGACAAAGGUCCUUUCCCAGAUUAUUUUCGAAGGAGGAAAGGAGGAGCCCACAUUCUCGGAUAAGAGCCUAUAGAUAUGGGAGAUUUUGCCUUUGAUGGAUUGUGCUGUAGCAAGAACGGUCUCAACUUCAUUGAGCUGAGCUCAAAACCUCCCCUUGGAAGUGAAUGAGGAAAUUACAUGUCUAAUUUGAAAAUAUAAUUGAUAUUGGCACAUUGAAUUCACUGCAGAGCUCUUGAAAGGAUUUCAGUGUAGUUGUGUUCUGAUGAAACAGGUCUGAAAAUGUCAUGGGCCCAGAGUCACAAAACACUUCUGACGCAAAAACGUAAGAAGCUUCUUAAGACAGUUCGUAAGUGCAAUUCCUCAACAAUAUCUUAAGAUGUAAUUAUUUUAUUACGAACUUAUCAAAUUUAUUCUUACAGAUCUUCUUAAGAUGUUUGUUGCUAGGCAAUAGUUUUAGCUUGCAAUGGCAAUCAUGUUAGCAUAUUUCUUACUGAGAUUACUGUUCUAAAACAUGUUCUUGGGUUUAAAAUAAUAAAUACUGAAACUUUCAGAUGAAGUUUGAGUGAUUUUAAACAUGUUCAAUUGCUUUCAUGAGCUUUUUCUCUCACUGCCCUGAGUUUGAGACUAGGGUUUAGCAAUUUUGGAAUUAAGAACAUUUCCAAUAACUUUGUUUUCAAGAAUCUAAUUUCUUAACUUUUUGCUUAAGGAGAAAUAUAAGAAUUAGCGCAAGAAAAUUUCCAAUAACCUUUUUUGAGGAAUAGCAACUUUGCUUAACUUUCUUCUUAACUGCCAUUUUUUCCUUAACUAUACACUUAAGACAUUUCUUCUUGUUUUGUGAAUCUGGAUCCUGAUCCCUAGAGUAUGCCACAGAUUAAUGUUGGCAUCACUCAGGGCUUUUGGCAAGUCUUGUUUGCAUACUAUAGGUGAGUGAGAGCCUAUCUGGGAGGAAAUGCCAAGGUAUUUCUUGCAGUCUUAUCAUGCUAGUAGGGUGUUGUAAAUCACAAAGGUUUUGGGUAUGUUGCCCACUUCACUAAAGUCAUUAAUUAAUAUAAUUCUUAGGGGCAAUGAACCACAGGAUUGGGCCUCUAUUUGAACCCACUUUGAGUCUUGUCUGUUUGUGAUACAUGUUCCGGAUUUGGGCAGACCAAUAGUACAACUGAAGGCAGACCACCCUUAGGUUUCGACAGAGUGGAGAACUUGAUACUAGGUUUUUUUAUUAUCCCAUAUACAUUUGGUGAUGCUUUGGUUGGUUGUUUUGAAAAAAGAAAACUGGGAGAUGGCAUGGGAGCAUCUGAAACAAAAAGUUCAAUCUAGGGAGGAUGUUCAUACAGAGAGCAUUUAUUCUACCAACUAAGCUAAUUGGGAGGGAGAUCCAGGUUCAGAGAUAAUUUGUAUUUAAUAUGGAUCCCCAUUAGCUGCUGCCAAGGCAUAAGCUACUCUUCCUGGGGUCUAGCAAAAUUAAGGCAGUUCAUACCAUUUAAAAAACAUUACAAUACAUUCACAGAUUUCACAACACACUGUGUGCCCUCAGGCCCCUACUCCACCACUACCACGUAUCUACAGUACAAAAUCCAUGUGUACAUGUGUGUAUAGUGUGUAUGUUAUCGUGUGUGUAUGCAUGUCUGUGCCUAUGUUUGUUGCUUCACAGUCCCCGCUGUUCCAUAAGGUGUUUUUUUAAAUCUGUUUUUUAAAUCAGUUACUUGAUGUGGAAUUGAGUUCCAUGUAGUCAUGGCUCUAUGUAGUACUGUGCGCCUCCCAUAGUCUGUUCUGGACUUGGGGACUGUGAAGAGACCUCUGGUGGCAUGUCUUGUGGGGUAUGCAUGGGUGUCCGAGCUGUGCGCCAGUAGUUCAAACAGACAGCUCGGUGCAUUCAACAUGUCAAUACCUCUCAGAAAUACAAGUAGUGAUGAAGUCAAUCUCUCCUCCACUUUGAGCCAGGAGAGAUUUACAUGCAUAUUAUUAAUACUUUUCCUAAGUCCUUUUUUGUGGCACCUGACAAAACUAGGGCCUGUAGGACCUGCCUUGUUGAUAGUGCUGUUUAGAAGGUAGAGCAGCGCUUUAUUAUGGACAUACUUCUCUCCAUCUUAGCUACUGUUGUAUCAAUGUUUUGACCAUGACAGUUUACAAUCCAGAGUUACUCCAAACAGUUUAGUCACCUCAACUUGCUCAAUUUCCACAUUAUUUAGUUGAGGUUUAGUGAAUGAUUUGUCCCAAAUACAAUGCUUUUAGUUUUUUGAAAUAUUUAGGACUAACUUAUUCCUUGCCACCCAUUCUGAAACUAACUGCAACUCUUUAAGUGUUGCAGUCAUUUCAGUCGCUGUAGUAGCUGACAUGUAUAAUGUUGAGUCAUCCGCAUACAUAGACACUCUUGCUUUACUCAAAGCCAGUGGCAUGUCAUUAGUAAAGAUUGAAAAAAUCUUUACUAAUGAUUCGAUCCAGGAGUGGGAGGUAGUUUUCUUUGAAAAGGCAAUUCAGAUCUGGUGUUACAAAGAUUCCAAGGUAUUGAAACCCCUGUGUCUUCCAUUGGAACAGGCAGAGUGUAUUCAUAGAGCUGGCGAAUGUAAGCUUGAAAGGGCAAACAUACCCUGAAAACCUGCCGUACUGAGCAAUUGUCUAAAAUAGGAGGAAGGGAUUUCUCAGGGUUGGAUAUGUAGAGCAAGACAUUAUCCGCAUAGAACGAAAUCUAGUGCUGAAGGCCGCCUUCGGAAACACCCAUAAUACUUGGAUUGCUCCUUAUCAACUCCACCAAAGGCUAUGUCCCCAACAAGUAGAGCAGAGGGGACAGCGAGCAUCCUUGUCUUGUGCCACAUCCCAAAGAGAAUCUGUCAGAGUUCAGACCAUUAGUAUACACCAUGGCAUUUGGAUGAGAAUAUAGGGACUUAAUCAAUUUCAUAACAUUUGGGCCCAUAUUGAACUUUUAGAAGACUGAGAACAGAAAGCUCCACUCCAACCUGUCGACCGCUUUCUCAGCAUCCAGUGAGGCCAGCAGGACUGGGGUCUUUUGUGAAUUUACUUGAUGUAAAAUAUCAAAAAGUGCUUUCAUAUUUGUUUUAUUUUAUGGGCCUAAUCAUAGAAUUGCAUAUAGAAUCCUUAUUAACUUAAUAGGAUCUCUUUGGGCCUAGUACUAAAGAUUUGUUGUUUAACUUUUUAAAAUGUAUUAGCCUACCUUUUAUAAUGUGGCAUAAACACAACCAGUCAUGAUGUUUGUCUCUGAUUUUCAAACAAUUACUUCAAAGGCUCACAUAGGCUACCUGAGCACGUUGCUCAGGGACAGCUGAACGAUAGGGUGUGGGGAAAAAAAUAGUUUUGAAGCCUCAUUUAGAUAUUUUUCUGCUUAUAAUUUCCGACAUUUGGUAGGCUAUUUUGUCAACUUGUCUAUAAUUAGAUACAUGCAGCUUAUCUUCUGUUAUUACUUGAUGCUUGUCUAGAACACUAAAUAAAGCCUUGCUCACCAGAAUGUCAUAUCGAGAGAAAGAUCAAUGUUUCAUCAACAAUCUAGUUGACAUCUAAAGUUUUUUAAUCUCUGCUUCUCUCAUGGAGAGAGGAUGUUUAGGGACAAGGGAGAUUUCCAAAUGACAUCAGUUUGACUGGUUUAAAAGAAAUGAAAAGCUGUGAAAACGAUCCAACAUGUUUCUGAUAGUAUUUCAGUUAGUCUUGGAUGCAUAUUGGGUUGAAAAUAAAAUACUGUCAGCUUUUAUGUCACUGAAAGAAAUUGCACGUUUAGGCUACACAACAGGUCCCUAACCGCGCAUAUUUCUCCACUCCUGUUCCUGAGACAAUUUACAUUUGGUCUAUCAUUUUACUGCGAGGACCACUUAAUUCUGCAGAAGUUAAUAUUAUAAUAGGCUACAUGUGAGGCCUACAGUCAGUGUCCAUUCUUCAGUUACUAUUCCAACUAUUAGGCUACUCCAGUCUAAAAUAAUUCCGGCAUCCAUACAGUGCCAUUUGAUAAAUGCAAAGAGAUAUCACUUUCAAAACACCAAAAAGUGUUAUGAAUGACAUUCGUGGAUUGUCAUUCAUUAGGCCUACAGUCUUGUAACCUGAAUUGAUCCGUACGCUGCUGUCUGCGCGCGUCUCUGGCCACUCAUCUCUGCCUUGACAAAAUGUCAGUGUUAUGUACAACCACAUUGCAUUUUAGAGCAUGUGUUGAAGUCUAUUUGCAAAUGUUUCACACGACUGACAUGCGGUAAUGAUAGUGUAAUAGCCUACAGUUUUUCUUGAACUCUACACUGAACAAAAAUAUAAACACAACAUGCAACAAUUUCAAAGAUUUUACUGAGUUACAGUUCAUAACUGUUAAAUCCCUGUGGAUUGAUGAAGAAUUGAAAAAUGGUAUGGUUGAGGGGGAUGAGGGAAAAGGAAUGGCAAAUAAGUCUGGCUGCACAACAAUGAUUGGCAAACGUAUUGCAAAUUGAGAAACCAUGUGACUAAACUGAAUAAAAAGAAGAAACUACACUAGGAAACAAAGAUAAAUGACAUAAAGAAUGAUAGUAAAAAGCUUUGGAGCACCUUAAAUGAAAUUUUGGGAAAAAAGGCAAACUCAGCUCCAUCAUUCAUUGAAUCAGAAGGCUCAUUCAUCACAAAACCAACUGAUAUUGCCAACUACUUUAAUGAUUUUUUCAUUGGCAAGAUUAGCAAACUUAGGCAUGACAUGCCAGCAACAAUUGCUGACACUACACAUCCAAGUAUAUCUGACCAAAUUAUGAAAGACAAGCCUUGUAAUUUUGAAUUCCGUGAAGUGAGUGUGGAAGAGGUGAAAAUAUUAUUGUUGUCUAUCAACAAUGACAAGCCACCAGGGUCUGACAACUUGAUGGAAAAUUACUGAGGAUAAUGGCAGACGAUAUUCCCACUCCUAUUUGCCAUAUUUUUUAUUUAAGCCUACUAGAAUGUGUGUGCCCCCAGGCUUGGAGGGAAGCAAAAGUCAUUCUGCUACCUAAGAAUAGUAAAGCCCCAUUUACUGGCUUAGAUAGUCAUGGUUUACCGGUAAUGCGUACCCCCACUAUUUAUUUUGGCGGUACUACCGAACCGUUCCGGCUUACUUUCACCCCUGUUCAUAGCAGAGCAGCUCAGUUGAACAUAACUCUGUGUGUAACAUGAGGCAGCAUAGGGUGACAUUCUGAGAGGGAAUGUGAGCAUGUGUAUAGUGUUGCACGGUAUACCGACACUUCGGUACUUUUUCCGAUAUUGGAACAUGAAAAAACGGCUCGGUGCUGUGUUUUGUUGUUUUCUGUAUUUCUGUAAAAUGUCUCACGUUAUAUACGUAUUGAGAGGAUCGAGUCUGUCUCGUAAUUUGUCUGAAUCUUCUCAAGGGGGCAGUAGCUAACCAGGCUACUUGCGCAUGCAGCUGACACAGCGUGAGCCACUUUUGAGAAGAAACGAGGGGGAAAGAGAAAAUGCUGACGGCAUGGCUUCUUCUAACAAAAACAUCAUACCUCCACGCCUGCAGCUUGUUGACAAACCUGGCUGCAGAAGCGAACUAUUGGAAUGCUUUGCUUACAGAGCAGACGAGGGCCAGCCCACUGAAACAACUGAGAAAAAUGUGUUAUAAAGCGGUGCAGUGCAAAGGAGGUUUAGUUCCAAAACGACAAACUAUUUUACACAUGACAUUUGCAUUGUAACGUUAGUCUACUAGCAACUCAAUUUGAAUAAUUUGAGUGACAAUGACAUGAACAUACACUACAUAACCAAAAGUAUGUGGACACCUUCUUGUCGAACAUCUCAUUCUGAAAUCAUGGCUAUUAAUAUGGAGUUGGUCCCCCCUUUUCUGCUAUAACAGCCUCCACUCUUCUCGGAAGGCUUUCCACUAGAUGUUGGAACAUUGCUGCGGGGACUUGCUUCCAUUCAGCCACAAGAGGAUUAGUGAGGUCGGGCACUGAUGUUGGGCGAUUAGGCCUGGCUCGCAGUCGGCGUUCCAAUUCAUCCGAAAGGUGUUCGAUGGGGUUGAGGUCAGGUCUCUGUGCAGGCCAGUCAAGUUCACACCGAUCUCGACAAACCAUUUCUGUAUGGACCUCGCUUUGUGCAUGGGGGCAUUGUCAUGCUGAAACAGGAAAGGGCCUUCCCCAAACUGUUGCCACAAAGUUGGAAACACAGAAUCUUCUAAAAUGUAAUUGUAUUCUGUAGUGUUAAGAUUUCCCUUCACUGGAACUAAAGGGCCUAGCCCGAACCAUGAAAUACAGCCCCAGACUAUAUUCCGCCUCCACCAAACUUUACAGUUGGCACUAUGCAUUGGGGCAGGUAGCCUUCUCCUGGCAUCCGCCAAACCCAGAUUUGUCCGUCGGACUGCCAGAUGGUGAAGCGUGAUUCAUCACUCCAGAGAACUUGUUUCCACUGCUCCAGAGUCCAAUGGCGGUGAGCUUUACACCACUCCAGCCGUUCUGUGAGCUUGUGUGGCCUACCACUAUGCGGCUGAGUCUGUUGCGCUUAGACGUUUCCACUUCACAAUAACAGCACUUACAGUUGACCGGGGCAGUUCUAGCAGGGCAGACAUUUGAUGAACUGACUUGUUGGAAAGGUGGCAUCCUAUGACUGUGCCACGUUGAGUCACUGAGCUCUUCAGUAAGGCCAUUCUACUGCCAAUGUUUGUCUAUGGAGAUUUUAUGGCUGUAUGCUCGAUUUUAUACACCUGUCAGCAACUGGUGUGGCUGAAAUAGCCGAAUCCAGUAAUUUGAAGGGGUGUACAGUAUAUUCAACAUGACAUUAAUGUGGGCAUUAUAGUAUGCUUACAACCCAAAAGUAAUAUGAAAGGCACUCAUAACGUGACAGCAAUAUAUUUAGACUACUGCAGCCCUGGGCGGAGCAUUGCACCAUGGGAUGUGAAAUGCACUCUGGGAAUCGUAGUAUGCUGUGUAAAAUCCAUUAUAUUUCUGUAGUGUGUAGUAGACUAUUGCAAUAUAGAAGCUUCAGAAAUGAGCUUCAAAGUGUUUUUUUGUUUGUCGUUUUGGAACUCAACUAUUCAUUUAAUACAUACAAUUAUUUUAGCUAUAAUGAAUCAUUGGGCUAAUGGAUGUCAUUUGACCUAAUAUGGCCCUAGAUGAGCAAAUUAACCCUGAAAUGUAUAAAAAAGUAUCAUAUGGUUUUGCAUAAAGAAAUUUGAAGAUAUUCUAUUUGUUAUUUUAGUUCUACCAGUUAUUUAUUAUUCAAUGUUUAAAAAUAAUAAUAAUUACGCCCAGUGGUUAUGACUUUAGCUAAUACGCUUUCUGCAUUUUAGUCAUUUAGCAGACGCUCUUAUCCAGAGCGACUUACAGUAGUGAGUACAUACAUUUUCAUACUUAUUUUUUUCUUUUUUACUGGUCCCCUGUGGGAAUCAAACCCACAACCCUGGCGUUGCAAGCGCCAUGCUCUACCAACUGAGCCAUAAGGGGUAUCCGUGGUAUUGAGUAUCGUUUUGGGAUAGAGUAUCGUUUCGGUAUUGAGUAUCGUGAUACUAAACCUGGUAUCGAUAUCGAAGUAAAACAUCUGGUAUCGUGACAACACUAGUGUGAACAUGUCCGGGUCAGUGUUUUCAUUGUUUCUUGCUGGUGAGUAGUCAGGGUUACCUCAUGGAUUAGGCUAUGUACGCAACAGCGUUUCUUUUUGAACAAGUCCCUCCAUGUAUCUGUGCUGUAGGUGUGGAUGAGAACACCAUCAUUGAUGUGCUGGUGAGGAGGAGCAACGCCCAGAGACAGCAGAUCAAAGCUACCUACGAAAAGGCUAGCGGCAAGGUAAGAUGUGACACACACAAACUUACCAGCACAUUGGUUGUGUUUGGUUUAGCAUGUGCAGCGGGUGGGUGGAGUUGGCACUUUAGGACAAACGUGCAAACUCCAGCCUAAAACACACACACUUGUGUAUGACUGUGGAAGUGUGUAUCACCUCUCUCUCUCUGCAGCCUCUGGAGACUGCCCUGAUGUCGGCCCUAAAGGGAGAGCUGGAGGAUGUGGUUCUGGCUCUGCUCAAAACGCCAGCCCAAUAUGACGCCCAACAGCUCAAACUGGCCAUGAAGGUAAACAUGCACGCACCUAGUCACUGACUAUAACUCUGAAUAUACACUACUACUUAGAAUACAAACAACUGUGCAGAUUCCCUCUUGUUUGUGUAGGCCUAGAGACGGUAACAGAUAGAAUACAAAUAUUUAAAGAGUAAUGAAUCAGUUCUAAAGAGGAAGGUGUGCCGUCAUCAUCCUGUAUUCUUGGUCUGCUGCUUAGUCACACCCACUUCCUCACAUUCAGCCCAGAGUGACUCAUUCUGAUGUAUUAUUACACUGUGUUGUGGGAGAGGCAAAAAGCUGGGACUUUUACAAUGGGUGGUACUGUUUUAAUAUGUGAGGAGACUGUGAGAAAAAUGCUGACGAGUACCUACUGUACUUUAGGUUUCUCGAUGUGCAGUGUGUGCGAGGUGUCUGGUAUAGCGGUAGACCCGAAAAUAAGCUGUUAUUGAACAAGUGCAGGUAGUCCCUCCAUGUUUCAGUGUGUUUUGUUCCGUUUGGGGCAUAAUUAACACGGCCCUGCACUGUCUGUUUGUGUUAUCCCAUCCUGGACUCUUUUGUCUCAGCUUUAUGACUGAUGUGACCUGACCCUUUUGUCCUUGUUGACAAUUCACACCCCUCCCCUCUCGCCUUCUCUCGCUCAGGGAUUGGGCACAGACGAGGAUACUCUGGUUGAGAUUCUGGCCUCAAGGACCAAUAAGGAGAUCAGAGAGAUAAAGAAAGCCUAUAAGGAAGGUGUGUCCGCAAUAUGUAAAUAUGUCUAUGUAAAUGUCCUGUAUGUGAUGUGAUAUUUACAACGAACCAAUAAUAAUGACAUUUUUAUUGCUAGAAUACAAAAAGGAGCUAGAGGAUGACAUCAAGUCUGACACAGGCGCAGACUUCAGGAAUGCUCUGCUCUCGCUCUGCAAGGUGUGUGUGUGUGUGUGUGUGUGUGUUAUUUAUAGUUUGUUUAAAUAUAAAUAGUUUGGCACAAUUAACCUCACUCCCCCCCCCCCCCUCUCUCUCACUCGAAUACUGUAGGCUACUAGGAAUGAGGACACCAUGGUGAACCAGGAACUUGCUGACCGUGAUGCCAGGGUAUGGAGGAGAGGGGGUGUGUGUGUGUGUGUGUGUGUCAGAAUUUAAGAAAUCAACAUUGGGCACCGCAAAGAGUCAAUGUGGUAAUGCAAACACUGUGUGUGUGUGUGUGAUGCCUGUGCCUACUGUAUCUGUCUAUAGGCCCUGUAUGAGGCUGGAGAGAAGAAGAAAGGAACCGACUGCUCUGUCUUCAUAGACAUUCUGACCACCAGAAGUGCUCCUCAGCUCCGCCAAGGUGAAUAUAUAUAUAUAUAUAUAACACACACACACUGCAAAUGUAUACACAUAUUUGGUAAAUAAGACAUUGCCCAAUAAGCUUACACUAUCGCUUUUCUCACCACCUGUUAAUUAUGUUGUAGCCCUAUAGUGUGCUUUGUUUUUGUCAUCAGUUAGACCAGGGGUGUCAAACAUACGGCCCACGAGCCCGUUCAAUCCGGCCUGUGGGUUCUUUGGGGGUUUUUAUUUUUGGGGGUGGGGGGUUAUUUUAUUUAGGGGAAAACAUUUUAAAUGACUAAAACCAAAUCGAAACUGUGUAUAAAUUAUAAUGGACCUACAUUCAUAGUCUCUUCACUCUGUCCAGCUUACUAACAGUCAUCGAAACGAAAGCUAAACCGUCAGGGAGCAUCGGAAAUUCUAAAAGUGAUAGAUUAAGUGCGGCCCGCCGAACCUCGGUGAAGACCGACUGCAACCCGCAAACAUUUUUUGACACCCUUGUGUUCAUUAAUUCGGGCGCAACAACAUUUGUCCAGAUUUUGUUUUAAACACAUACAUUUUUUCACUGCAAAUAUCUGAGUGUGGAGCUUCUUUUUAUUCAUAGCAUGUUACUUUUGGUCAACACACCACAAAUACUAAUAGAAUCUAGAUGUGUGUGGGGUUUUUCCUUUUUCAUAAACUGAAUGUGCAAACACACAUGAUUGAUACUGUAUGAGCAUUUCAAGUAAAUAAUCCUUUCCCACUCUCUCUUUCUCUCAGCGUUUGAGAGGUACUCCAAGUACAGUAAGGUGGAUGUGGCAAAGGCUAUUGACCUGGAACUGAAGGGAGACAUUGAGAACUGUCUCACUGCCGUAGGUGAGAGAGCACAGCCAGGACCAAGCCUAGUAAUGUUCCAAUGUCCUCAAAUAAUCUGUGCAUCACCCUCAAUCCAUGUCUUCUGCUGCAUCACACCCUUCACUAGGCCUUAGUCCUGUAUCAUUACACUAUGGGCUCCAUUUUCUGCAUUCAAAAAAGGCACACGCUGUGAGCAAAAUAACCUUAGUCUCUCGAGACUAAAAUAAUCAUACCUUUUUUUAUAAAUAGAUGUGACGGCACAUUAUCCAAGGCAUAUUCAUAUUAUCCAAUUACUGAUUUGUGUGAGGACAAUGGAGCCCAAUGUCUGACUUAACAAAUGACCAUAGUACCAGCUGGUAAGUCUCUUCACUGACAUUUUCAACCUUUCCCUGACCCCGUCUGUAAUACCUACUUGUUUUAAGCAGACCACCAUAGUCCCUGUGCCCAAGAACGCCAAGGUAACCUGUCUAAAUGGCAUCUGUAGCCAUGAAAUGCUUUGAAAAGCUGGUCAUGGCUCACAUCAUCCCAGACACCCCGGACCCACUCCAAUCCGCAUACCGCCCCAACAGAUCCACAGAUGACUCAAUCUCUAUUGCACUUCAAAACUGACCUCUCCCACCUGGACAAGAGGAACACCUAUGUGAGAAUACUGUUCAUUGACUACAGCUCAGCGUUCAACACCAUAGUGCCCUCCAAGCUCAUCAGUAAGCUCAGGACCCUGGGACUGAACAGCUCCCUCUGUAACUGGAUCCUGGACUUCCGGAAGGGCCGCCCCCAGGUGGUGAGGGUAGGUAACAACACAUCUGCCACGCUGACCCUCAACACGGGGGCCCCUCAGGGGUGCGUGCUUAGUCCCCUCCUGUACUCCCUUUUCACCCACGACUACGUGGCCACGCACGACUCCAACACCAUCAUUAACUUUGCUGACGACACAACAGUGGUAGGCCUGAUCACCUACAACGAUGGGACAGCCUAUAAGGAGGAGGUCAGUGACCUGGCAGUGUGGUGCCAGGACAACAACCUCUCCCUCAACAUCAGCAAGACAAAGGAACUGAUCGUGGACUACAGGAAACAGAGGGCUGAGCAUGCCCCCAUCUACAGUGGGGGAAAAAAGUAUUUAGUCAGCCACCAAUUGUGCAAGUUCUCCCACUUAAAAAGAUGAGAGAGGCCUGUAAUCAUCGUCAACUAUGACAGACAAAUUGAGAAAAAAAAAUCCAGAAAAUCACAUUGUAGGACUUGUUAUGAAUUUAUUUGCAAAUUAUGGGUGGAAAAUAAGUAUUUGGUCACCUACAAACAAGCAAGAUUUCUGGCUCUCACAGACCUGUAACUUCUUCUUUAAGAGGCUCCUCUGUCCUCCACUCGUUACCUGUAUUAAUGGCACCUGUUUGAACUUGUUAUCAGUAUAAAAGACACCUGUCCACAACCUCAAACAGUCACCCUCCAAACUCCACUAUGGCCAAGACCAAAGAGCUGUCAAAGGACACCAGAAACAAAAUUGUAGACCUGCACCAGGCUGGGAAGACUGAAUCUGCAAUAGGUAAGCAGCUUGGUUUGAAGAAAUCAACUGUGGGAGCAAUUAUUAGGAAAUGGAAGACAUACAAGACCACUGAUAAUCUCCCUCGAUCUGGGGCUCCACGCAAGAUCUCACCCCGUGGGGUCAAAAUUAUCACAAGAACGGUGAGCAAAAAUCCCAGAACCACACGGGGGGACCUAGUGAAUGACCUGCAGAGAGCUGGGACCAAAGUAACAAAGCCUACCAUCAGUAACACACUACGCCGCCAGGUGCUCAAAUCCUGCAGUGCCAGACGUGUCCCCCUGCUUAAGCCAGUACAUGUCCAGGCCCGUCUGAAGUUUGCUAGAGUGCAUUUGGAUGAUCCAGAAGAGGAUUGGGAGAAUGUCAUAUGGUCAGAUGAAAUCAAAAUAUAACUUUUUGGUAAAAACUCAACUCGUCGUGUUUGGAGGACAAAGAAUGCUGAGUUGCAUCCAAAGAACACCAUACCUACUGUGAAGCAUGGGGGUGGAAACAUCAUGCUUUGGGGCUGUUUUUCUGCAAAGGGACCAGGACGACUGAUCCGUGUAAAGGAAAGAAUGAAUGGGGCCAUGUAUCGUGAGAUUUUGAGUGAAAACCUCCUUCCAUCAGCAAGGGCAUUGAAGAUGAAACGUGGCUGGGUCUUUCAGCAUGACAAUGAUCCCAAACACACCGCCCGGGCAACGAAAGAGUGGCUUCGUAAGAAGCAUUUCAAGGUCCUGGAGUGGCCUAGCCAGUCUCCAGAUCUCAACCCCAUAGAAAAUCUUUGGAGGGAGUUGAAAGUCUGUGUUGCCCAGCGACAGCCCCAAAACAUCACUGCUCUAGAGGAGAUCUGCAUGGAGGAAUGGGCCAAAAUACCAGCAACAGUGUGUGAAAACCUUGUGAAGACUUACAGAAAACGUUUGACCUGUGUCAUUGCCAACAAAGGGUAUAUAGCAAAGUAUUGAGAAACUUUUGUUAUUGACAAAAUACUUAUUUUCCACCAUAAUUUGCAAAUAAAUUCAUUAAAAAUCCUACAAUGUGAUUUUCUGGAAUUUUUUUCCUCAUUUGGUCUGUCAUAGUUGACGUGUACCUAUGAUGAAAAUUACAGGCCUCUCAUCUUUUUAAGUGGGAGAACUUGCACAAUUGGUGGCUGACUAAAUACUUUUUUUCCCAACUGUACAUCAACAGGGCUGUAGUUGAGCGGGUCGAGCGCUUCAAGUUCCUCGGUGUCCACAUCCGUAAGGAAUUAAUAUGGUCCACACACACCAACACAGUCGUGAAGAAGGCACGACAACAACACCUCUUCCCCCUCAGGAGGCUGAAAAGAUUUGGCAUGGGCCCUCAGAUCCUCAAAGUUCUACAGCUGCACCAUUGAGAACAUCUUGACUGGCUGCAUCUUCGAUUGGUAUGGCAACUGCUUGGCCUAGUACAUCACUGGGGCCGAGGUCCCUGCCAUCCAGGACCUCUAUACAAAGCGUUGUCAGAGGAAGGCUCUACAAAUUGUCAAAGACUUCAGACACCCAAGUCAUAGACUGUUCUCUGCUACCACACAGAAAGCGGUACUGAUGCACCAAGUCUGGAACUAAUAGGAUCCUCUACAGCUUCUACCCCAAGCCAUAAGACUGCUAAAUAGUUAACCAAAUAGCUACCCGGACUAUCUGCAUUCACCUUUUUUUGCACUAACACUUCUGACUCAUCACAUACGCUGCUACUGAUUAUUAUCUAUCCUGUUGCCGAGUCACUUUACCCCUACUUAUAUGUACAUAUUUACCUAAAUUACCUCGUACCCCUGCACAUCGACUCUGUACUGGUACCCUGUGUAUAUAGCCAAGUUAUCGUUACUCAUUAUGUAUUUAUUCCUUUGUUAUUUUUUUCUCUGCAUCGUUGGGAAGGGCCCGUAAGUAAGCAUUUCACUGUUAGUCUACACCUGUCGUUUACAAAGCAUGUGACAAAUAACAUUUUAUUUGAUUUAAACCCCCCUACCAUACCUCUCUCCAUACACCUUUUCCUAUCUCACCUGUCCAGUCAGGGCCUUAGCCUUUUGGGGGCUUCAAGCAAGUUUUUGUUAGGAUUCCACCUCCUCGACCUCGUGAUGGCUUUGGAGAAUGCCACUUCUUGUCUAUGCUGCUCUAUGUUGUCACCUUACUGUUUUUCCUUUCUGUCUUUCAGUGAAGUGUGCUGGAAGCAAGCCUGCUUUCUUUGCUGAGAAACUCAACUUGGCAAUGAAGGUGUGUUAACUGUUAAACAUUGUUAAGUUUUAUGUACCAGAUGAGGAGUUGCCCUGGGUCUUGAUCAUUAGGGUACGCAACAGAAAUACAUUUUAAAAACAAAAUGAGCAUUUCUUAUUGGACAAAUCCUGGUAGUUCCUCCCUGUUUAGUCAAUUUUUCUACUUAAUGAAUACAACCCUGUUUUAAGAUGUGAAUCUACACAAGAACACUGGUUAUGCACAUACUGUACAAGACCGCACAAACAGAUCUGGGUUCAGGCUAAGGAGCUUCCACUAUCCGGUUAUAAAUGUUCAGUUUGUGUGCCUGUGCCAUACCCCAGGGUAAAGGAACCAGGACCAAUAUUCUGACCCGGGUCAUGGUGAGCAGGUCUGAAGUAGACCUGGCCCGGAUUAAACAGGAGUACAAGAAGACAUUUGGGAAAACCCUCUCCCAGGAAAUUCUGGUGAGCAAACAUCUCCACUGUCAAAGUGGCAAUAAAAGACAAGGGACUGUUUUCCCAGACCCAGAUUAAGCAUAGUCCUGGACUAAAAAUCUAAUUAAAGAGAUCCUCCAUUGAGAAUUUGUUUUAAAUCCAGGACUUGACUUAAUCGGGGUCCGGGAAACCGACCCACUGAGUUAAGUACAUGCAUCACAUUGGACCCAGAAAUUGGAAUACUUUAUACAAUCUGAGUUUGGAUAGAAGAAAUAUGGCAUCUGAAAAUGAUUUUCUAAAUACAAUUUUAUAUUAUGAUGUGACAUGUCUAAACAUGAUUGCCCUUUUAUAUUUUGUAGAGUAACUCUGCUCUCUCUUACCACCGUAGGAUGACACCCAGGGAGACUAUGAGAAGAUCCUACUGGCCCUGUGUGGAAGUGAGAAAUAACUUUCUCUCCUAUCUCACCUGGAGCCAAUUACUACCACAGAGCAUGAGUGCCAAUAGAGAAUACUUUACAUGAUUAAACAUUCCCCUCCAAUGCCUCAAUGUGCACUUCCCAAAUGCAAAAUAUUAUGGUUCAUGACAAAUAUCUGAAAUGGCAGUCAUGAUAUAUUUUCACUACUUGCUAACAACAAUGAGCACAGUAAACAUGGUAAGCAGCAUUGACAAAUUUAGCCUAGCUUCAGCAGACUUGGGGAUCCAUAGUGCAAUAUACCAGACACCAUUUGUGUGCCAAGAAUAUGCAGUGGCAUUGUGACCUGGAUAAUUGGUCCUUCUUGCAAAUAAAGCAUUUUAUGUGGCUCCAAA